GCGGAACCGUAAUGUUUUGCGGAAUUUCAGUCGUUUGAGUUUCCACUGUUUCGACUACCCGACAUGUUGUUUUCUAUUCCUUUCCUCCAGCUGCUUCUGCUGUCGUCGUUUGGAGCGGCAGUUGAAAAAAGAACAGUGUAUGGCACCUAUGGUUCAUCAGUUUUUCUGAAUCCUGAAUACCAAGGUAAUCUCAGCAAGAGUGAAGUUUUAUGGAGCUUCACUGACAGCAGCAACAAAUCUGUCAUUAUUUUGGAUCAUUUUCCUGGUAAACCUACAGAGCAGCCAAGUGAACAUUUCAAAUCCCGUUUACAGUUUUACGAUUCUAACGGCUCUUUGUGGAUAAACAACCUAGCAUCUGAGGAUCAAGGUUAUUUUACCUUUCGUGUAAAUGGACAAGAAAGAAGAAGAAUAUAUUUGAUUCUCAUCGUUAAGCUGUCGAAAAUUUCAAUACAGAACAACUCCAGCUCCAGUGGUUCUACUGUCCAGCUAACAUGUGAAGUUUCUGGAGACGCUCAUUCAUAUCAAUGGUUGAAAGAUGCAGAAGAGAUCUCCCAGGCUUGUCAGCUAAUAAAUGGGAACAGAAGCCUCAUUAUCUCAAGCGCUUUGAAAAAUGAUUCUGGAACUUAUACUUGUAAAGCAACCAAUCCUUUCAGCUCGAUCCAGACAAGUUACAACUUAACUAUUUAUGUUAAGCUGUUGAAAAUCUCAAUACAGAGCAACUCCAGCUCCAGCGGUUCCACUAUCCAGCUCACAUGUGAAGUUUCUGGAAAUGCUCUCUCAUAUCAGUGGUUGAAAGAUGGAAAAGAAAUCCCACAGUAUUAUCAGCUCAAAAAUGGGAACAGAAGCCUCAUUAUCUCAAGUGCUUCAAAAAGUGACUCUGGAACUUAUACCUGUAAAGCAACCAACUCUGUCAGCUCCGUUCAGACAAAUUACAACUUAACUAUUAAUGGUUAUCUCUGGGAAGACUCUAUAAUUACAAUUGUAUCGGUCACAGGACUGUUGUCGUCUUUGGUAUUAGUUGUUGGAUUCUUGAUUGUGGGAUGUUCGGCCAGGAAAUUAAAGCAAGUGUCUCAGAGACUGGUUAUCUAUAAUGCUUUGCCGCUUAUUGCUACCUUCAUUGCCCUCAUUUUCUGGAUUGCAUUUAAAGGUGCUGCCUUUAUAUCUCUGCUUGCCUUAAGCAUUGUGCUUUUCUGGCUUUUGUGUGUGAUUGCACCAAUUGUUACUCCAAAGUUAGGCAUCUCAUUUAAUUGGAGUAUCCAAGAAAAGAAAAAUUCCCUACCUUCUAUUGACUUAAGUGGCUACGUGGUGAUCUCAAUUUUGUGUCUUAUGUUAAAGGAAAAGAUUCAGCAAAACAGUUUUGAUACCAGCACUUUCAUUUGGAGCAUACCUAUUGCAUUGUUGGUCAGCAGUGUUAUAGUCUUUUCUGUGCUCAGAGAAUUAUGUCAUUGUAGAAAUGAAGAUGCAAGCAAUGAUGUCAUCAGUUUGGGCCAAAGGGUCUGUUUUCAAGCUGUAUAACUCUAUGAAACUAUGAUGUAUGCAUUGAUCUUGGGCAAACAGGAUUUUGAAGAAAUCCAAGCCGUCAAUGUUACUGAGCCAGGUCAGCAAGCCACAUCUUAAUCUCCUUGGAUCUUUUAAAAUGAUUGUGAUGGGCAUCAUUUUUGGAUGUUGUUACCAUGAAAAGGUUUUAGCAACAAAGCAGCAAAUUUCCAUCUGCACUACUAUAGAUUGGAUUUUACCACUUCAAGCAACUCAUUCUCGCUUUUCCAGUUCUGAUAAAAGGUCCUUGAACUGAAACAUCAACUUUCAUUUGCUCACCGCUGAUAUUACUUGACCUGUUGAACUCUUACAGCACUCUGCUUUUAGCGAUCAAAAUGUUCCAAAUUUCCAACAUCUGGGUGUUUUCCUCCAGUUCGUGGUGCUGAGUCAUACCGAAUGGUGCUGGAGAAUUGGAGGGUGGCAAAUGUUGUCCCCUUAUUCAAAAAAGGUAGUAGGGAUAGUCCAGGGAAUUACAAACCAGUGAUCCUUGCGUCUGUGGUGGGCAAGCUGUUGGAAAGGAUUCUUAGAGAUAGGAGCUAUGAGCAUUUAGAGAAUCAUGGUCUUGAGGAGGUGACCAGGAAGAUUGAUGAGGGUAGUGCAGUAGAUGUGGCCUACAUGGAUUUUAGUAAGGCAUUUGACAAGGUUCCACGUGGCAGGCUUCUUCAGAAGGUCAGAGGGCAUGGGAUCCAGGGAGGCUUGGCCAUGUGGAUUCAGAAUUGGCUUGCCUGUAGAAAGCAGGGUUGUGGUGGAGAGAGUGCAUUCAGAAUGGAGGGCUGAGACAAGUGUCCCACAAGGAUCGGUUCUGGGACCUCUACUUUUCAUGAUGUAUAUUAAUGACAUGAGGGGGUAGAAGGGUGGGUUAGCAAAGGUCGGAGGUGGUGUGGAUAGUGUGGAGGACUGUCAGAGAUUGCAGAGGGAUAUUGAUAGGAUGCAGAGCUGGGCUGAAAAGUGGCAGAUCGAGGUCAUUCCGGAGAAAUAUGAGGUACACUUUGGAAGGACAAACUCCAAGGUGGAGUACAAGAUUAAUGGCAGGAUUCUGGGUAGUGUGGAGGAGCAGAGGGAUCUUGGGGUUCAUAUCCACAGAUCACUGAAAGUUGCCUCAUAGGUGGAUAGGGUAGUUAAGAAAGCUUAUGGGAUGUUAGCUUUCAUAAGUCAUGGGAUCGAGUUUAAGAGCCACGAAGUAAUGAUGCAGCUCUACAAAACUCUGGUUAGACCACACUUGGAGUACUGUGUCCAGUUCUGGUUGCCUCAUUAUAGGAAGGAUGUGGAAGCGUUGGAAAGGGUGCAGAGGAGAUUUACCAGGAUGUUGCCUGGUUUGGAGAGUAUGCAGAAUGAGGAGAGACUUAGGGCUUUACUCUUUGCAGAGGAGGAGGAUGAGGGGAGACGUGAUAGAGGUAUACAAUAUAUUAAGAGGAAUACAUAGACAGCCAGCGCCUCUUUCCCAGGGCACCAAUGCUCAAUGCAAGAGGGCAUGGCUUUAAAGUAAUGGGUGGGAAGUCCAAGGGGAUAUCAGAGGGAGGUUUUUCACCCAGAAAGUGGUUGGUGCAUGGACUGCGCUGCCUGGGGUAGUGGUGGAGGCAGGUACAUUGGUCAAGUUCAAGUUCAUUGUUAGAUAAGCAUAUGGAGGAAUUUAAAAUAGGGGGAUAUGUGGGAGGAAGGGGUUAGACAGUCUUAAGCGUGGUUUAAAGGUUGGCACAACAUGGUGGGCCGAAGGACCUGUAUUCUGCUGUAUUGUUCUAUGGAGUCACUUGGUGGCAAUUGUUUGAUUGUAAAUCUUGACCCUGGAGGUUUGGUACCAAUACUGUCAUAGGGCUUCCAGAUUGGCUCGAUCAGUGUUUUAAAUGGAGACUGAAUUAAUUCAUUCCAUUCACAAGAUCACGAGAUAAAGGAACAGAAGUAGGCCAUUUGGCCCAUUGAGUCUGCUCCACUACCUCACAUGAGCUAAACUAUUCCCAUCUAGCCCCUAUUCCCGGCCUUUUCCCCAUAUCCCUUGAUACCUUGACUAAUUAGAUACCUAUCAAUCUCUGCCUUAAACACCCCCAAUGAUCGGGCCUCCAUAGCUGUAUGUGGCAACGAAUUCCAUAGAUCCACGACCCUCUGCACGUAGCAUUAGGAAUAAAGUAGAUGACCUAGUGGCACAACUACAGGUUAAUAAAUACGACAUUGUGGCAAUCACCGAGUCAUGGCUUUAUGACGGAUGUGAUUGGGAACUGAGUGUCCAGGUGUAUAGGAAGGAUAGGUGGGUAGGCAGAGGGGCAGGUGUGGCCAUGAUGGUUAGUAAUGAUAUAAGAUCAGUAGAAAGGAAGGACAUUGGUUCAGAAGAGGUGGAGUCCUUAUGGGUGGAGCUAAGAAAUAGCAAUGGUAAAAGGACAAUAGUAGCAGUUAUAUAUAGGCCCCCUAAUAGCAGUCAGGAAGUGGACCAUAAGUUGCAGUUUGAGAUAGAAAAAGUGUGCCAGAGUGACAACUUGAAGAUAAUUAUGGGGGAUUUUAACAUGAAGGUGGACUGGGAAAUACAGCAAGGCAGUAGAUCUCAGGAGAGUGAGUUUGUGGAAUGUCUAUGGGACGGUUUUUUUGGAGCAACUUGUUGAUGAGCCCACCAGGGGAUCAGCUAUUUUGGAUUGGGUGCUGUGUAACGAACUGGAGGUGAUUAGGGAACUAAAGGUGAAGGAACCAUUGGGAACUAGUGAUCACAAUAUGAUUGAGUUCAGUUUCAAAUUUGAGAAGGAGAAGCUGAUAACUGGUGUAUCGAUAUUUCAGUGGAACAAAGGAAAUUACAGUGGUAUGAGAGAGGAGUUGGCCCAAAUUGAUUGGAAAAGUAAGCUAGCUAGAGGAACGGCAGAGCAGAAAUGGAAGGAAUUUCUACAAGUAAUAAGGAAAAUGCAGGAUAGAUAUAUUCCAAGAAAAAAGGUUUUGAAUGGAAAAAAGGGACAAAUGUGGAUAAUGAGAGAGGUGAAGGCUAAAAUAAAAGCAAAAGGGAGGACAUACAAGGAAGCAAAAAUUAGUGGGAAAACAGAAGACUGGGAAACUUAAAAACCUGCAGAAAGAAACUAAGAAGGUCGUUAGGAAAGAUAAGAUGAAUUAUGAAAGGAAGUUGGCAGAUAACAUUCAAAAGGAUACUAGAGU